AUGAAUCUGACAGGUUGGGAGAAUUGGCCUGAAAUCAAACAGCCAUUUCCAAAGCUGGGCAUUUCUCUGGAAGAAUACCAGGGAAGACUCACAAGUUAUGGUCCUCACGCCUCCUAUCUGGAAGAAACCAUAGAAGGUGGGUCCAGGGUAGAGAGGCAACAGAGUAAUGAGGAAAAACCUUUUGAAUGUAGUGACUGUGGGAAGACCUUCCGCCUGAGCACAGCUCUUGCUAUGCAUCAGAGAGUUCAUACUGGAGAAAAACCUUAUGAAUGUAAUGAGUGUGGGAAGGCCUUCAGGCAGAGAGCACAUCUUACUCAACAUCAGAAAAUUCAUUCUGGAGAGAAACCGCACGAAUGUCAAGAAUGCGGGAAGGCGUUUCGCCUGAGUGCAGCGCUUGCUAUGCACCAGAGAGUUCAUACUGGAGAAAAACCGUAUGAGUGUGCAGAGUGUGGGAAGGCCUUCAGGCAGAGGGCACAUCUUACUCAACAUCAGAAAAUUCACACGGGAGAGAAACCUCAUCAGUGUAAAGAAUGUGGGAAGGCCUUUCGUCUCAGCACCGCUCUUACUAUGCACCAGAGAGUUCAUACUGGAGAGAAACCUUAUCAGUGUAAGGAGUGUGGCAAGGCCUUUCCCUUCAGCACAGCUCUCAUUAUGCACCAGAGAGUUCAUACUGGGGAGAAACCCUAUCAUUGUAACGAAUGCGGGAAGGACUUCCGCAUGAGUACAGCUCUUACCAUGCAUUUGAGAAUUCAUACUGGAGAGAAGCCAUAUGAAUGUGAUGAGUGUGGGAAGGCCUUUUCCAGGAGUACAGACCUCACUCACCAUCGGAGAGUUCACACAGGAGAGAAACCUUACCAGUGUGAUGAAUGUGGGAAGUCCUUCAGAUGGUGGACACAUCUUACUCGACAUCAGAGACUUCAUACUGGAGAAAAGCCUUAUCAAUGUGAAGAAUGUGGGAAGGCUUUCAGCCGCAGAACGCACCUUACUCGGCAUCAGAAAGUUCAUAGUGGGUAGAAGUCUUAGGAAUAUGAGGCUUUUUGUCAGAGUACACACUUAACAGAGUUUAUUCUGGGGAGAAACCUUAUAUAAUUAUUAUGGGAGACCAUUAACAGAAUCACAUACCUCACUCAAUGAUAGAAAAUUCAUACUGGAGACAGAUACAUUUAUCAUGUGGGAAGAUCUGUUAGAACACAACUCUUAGUAUCAGAAUUCAUAUUGGAGAGAUGCCUUACUAAUUCAAUUUUUGGGGAAAGCCUUCUACCAGACCUCACUUUAUUCUGUACAUUAAAAAUUGUAUUGGAUAGAAAUCUUGUCACUAUAAUAAAUCUGCAAAGGCUUUCUAUCAGAGCUUAAUUUUUAACUAAUCAUCAGAGUUCAUACUCAAAAAAUAACCUUCUGAAUGUAGGAAUUCCAUCUGUCAGAAUAAGACAUUUAUUUGACUUCAGAUGAUUCAUAUUGUAUAGAGACUUUAUGCAGGAAAGGCCUGCCAGAACACUGCUCUGAAUAUAAUAUUCAUUUAGUAACUGAAAUUAUCAAAAAAGUCUGGCUUUUUAAAGAAGAGGCCAUUAAAGAGUAAUUAGCUUUUUUUGGGACAGGUUUACUACAGUCGUCCUUUCAAAUGAUGCAGGAUACAAUUUAUUGAGAUUUCAAUUAAGUGUUUUCACAGUUUCUCAUGUUCUUGCACAAAAAAAUGCAGAGUUCUAGACUAGAUAAUGGUGCUGUUAGAUGAUUUCAGAACUAGUUGGAUGACCAGACCUCCAAAUACAGUUAUUGUUAGGUCAGUAGCAGUCUGGAGGGAACUCUAGUGAUGUGCUGUAGGGAUUUAUCCUUGGCUUUGUGUUUUAACUAUUUUUUUGUUGAUUUAGCAUACAAUGGCAUGCUUAUUACAUCUGUAGGUAAUGAAAAACCAGGAGGGACAAUUAAUACAGUAUGUGGUAGGGUCAUAUUUAAAGUUCUUCAUGGGCUAGAAUGAAAGACCAAAUGUCUUCCAUUAAACAGUCACUAUUUGCUUCAGUGGAAUUGGGGGACUGUAGCCACUUGCUUUAUUAAGGUGCCUUCUUUACUCUGGAUUCAAGUAUUCCAUCUGUACAGGAUUCAGGCUUGGAAGAGUUUGCCUUAUAAUUGAGAGGAAUGUAUGUUUCUUAAGCUUUUAAGUCCCGAUCCUGAUACCCCAAAGGGAAAAUUACUUAAAAGUAAAAUUUAUGCUUAUAUGUAGGUCUUCCAGGAAUAACAAGGGAAUAAUCCCAAUUUACUUUGAAGUGGAGUGUUACUGGAGGAAAGUAAUUGGGUUGGUGAAAGUCUUUUUCCCCAUGUCAUGGGAGGAUCAGUUGAAGGAAUGGGUAUGUUUAGCUUGGAGAAGACUGAAGGACAGACGUAACUGUCUUAGCUAUGCAAGUUGAAAAGAAGUCGAUUUAGGCUUGAUGUCAGGGAGACUCUUCUGGCAAGUAGAGCUCUCUGAAUAAUGCUGGCAUUUCUCCCCUCCUUGGAUGGUAGAGGUUAGACAACUACUUGUUAGAGAGCAUUAAAAUGGGAAUUCCUUCCAUGCCUGCUGAGAUUUCUUCGAUUAUUCAAAAAAUUCUAUGAAAGAAACACUGAGCAAUGAAUGAAGUCUCAAAACACAGCUUUUACUCUACAUCAGAGAAUUCAUGCUGGAGAGAAAUCAUAAUAUAAUGAAUGUGGAAUGAUCACUUGAAAGGUGACAGAUCAUUCAACCUCAUAGUUAUGUUAUUGAAGAACCUUGUGAAUGAAAUAUGAGUGGAGCUUCCAUAAAGUAAAACUUAUCAAAUACCUGAAACUGCAUACGAGAGAGACUUCAUAAUGUUGGAAGGCUUUUUAAUGAAAUACUCAUAGAAUUCAUCCUGAACAUAAGCUUAGGAUUGUAAUCAGUGUGAGAAUGUCUCCUGCCAGAAGACAGGACUUUUCUCAAAUUAGACAACGCUGGAGAAUCUUCGGGAAUACAGUCUUGAAAAGAUUGUGUACAUCAGAAGAAUUUUUAUUAAUAAGCAAUUAACUAAAACAUUUAGAUUUCAAACUAAAAUCAAAUUUUAAAAUUGAUUUUAAAAAUCAAAAACAAAAUCCCUAGUUUCUCAUAAUGGUUGUUCCAAACCUUUUCCCUGUUCAAGUUCCCUAAGAAUUUUCCUCAACCAAUUUCCAUGAUUAUGUUAGAAGACUUAGUAUUCUCUGAGGAAAAUUGUGGCGAUCUCAUAAGUGCUUUCUCCCCCUUCUCCCCCCAAUUGUAGUCUUGUAAACUACUCAAAAUCAUCAUCACCUGCUCUCUUGAAUUUUAAUCAGAGGGAGAGGUGAUGAGAUUCUACAUCUGGUGCUAGAAAGAAUCUCAGGAGAUCCUCUAACACAACCCUCAUUUUACAAAUGAAAUCAGUUUAGAGAUGUGUAAGUCACUUGCCAGAGGUCACACAGUAAGUGCCUAAGACAUGCUUCAGCUCAAUCCUCUGAUUCAGGAGCCUUUCCAUGGCAACACUAAUAAUCUUGGCUAAGGUCAAAGUCUCUACUUCUGGCCUUGAUUCUAUCCCUUUCACUGCAGAACUUAUUCCAACAAUAAUUUUCCUUCUUCAGUCUUCGCUGGCUCCUUAUCAGCUUCUUACAGGCACAUCUCCAAUUCAGCUUUUUUUUUAUUAAUAUAGUUAAACCCUGGGAAGUUAAUAGUUGUUCGAAUGGGAGGAAGCAGUAAUUUAUUUAAGUCUUGCCAGUACAGGGUUGUUUAGAAGGUAGGGGGAAUUUCCAUUGCCAAGUGGAAUACAGCACUGUUUUGUAGUGAAAUCUUGUAGAAUGACUUAGAGAAGAUAAUCUCAUUUAAUGGGGUCAGAUUCCCCACCCCCAACUUCCUAUUACCCAGAGCUAUCAAUAGAAGGUUUGGGGUUACACCUGGGUUAUAGCUUUGGGAGGGCAGGUAACCAGAAGUUUGACAAGGAGCUUCUAAAGUUUUUCUUUUUGAUUAAUUUUGCUUUUUUUUCUUCUUCUUGUCUAUCGAUGAUAUAGAAGUCUGUUAUCUCUGCCCCUACUUUCUCAGCAAGUGAAUAAGGUUAGUGCCACUGGACAUCCCGCUGUUCUCCAACAUCUAUCCUUUUUCUUAAUCGAAUAGAGAAAUGGAAGCAUUUCUCAAUUUUUCUUCAUUCUCUCCAGUCAUUUCUUUUUCAGCAAAGACCAGAAGCUUAACCUUGUUUUCAUGUUUUAAGCAUUGUGUUUACUGUGUGCCAGGCGCAGUUCAUAUUUGUUCUUUUUCAUAUGGGAAUCGAAUUAAUAUCCCUCUCUCUAGACCAAUAGUUUGUAUUUAUUCAAUGGGGUUCAGUCUUGCUGGUGUGAUAUGAACAUAGCUUAAUGAUCCCAAUAGUUCUUGUACUCCCAACAGAUUGUGGGUUGUAGCAGUUAACAGCUGGUGGGAAUUGGGAGUUUCUUUUCUAGCAGGCUUAGUAAUGCUUCCCAGUACUUGAUUUUUUCCUAGUAUAUUUAUUUUUUAAUACACAUUGCUUUGUGAAUCAUUUUGGGAUAGAAAAAUCAGAGCAAAAGCGAAAAAACAAUGGCUUCUCAAUAUUUUAAAGAAACAGCUGACUUCUCAUGACUACUCUUUGUGCUACCACUCCUUUUCUUUUUCUGUCCAUUACCUCUCAAACUUUCUAAACUGAAUGUCUUCAGAUAUCACAUUCUCUAUUCCUUAGAUUCUGGUUUUUGUCCCAACCAUUCAACUAAAACCGCUGCAAUGAUCUAAUCACUAAAUAUAAUAGCAUUUUUUUUCUUCUUACCUCUGAAGUAUUUUACUGAACCAUGAUUUCAAAGGUGCUGUGCUUGCUUUUACAUCUUUAAUAGCUUCUAUCUUCUUGGCUUUUUCCUGACUGUUUAAGGUAGAGACAGUUGAUGAAGUAGAUAAAGUGCUGGAUCUGGACUAAAGUCCAGAAGUAAAAACCAGCUUUGGACAUGUAGCUGUGUGACCGUGGUCAAGUCAUUUAACUUCUCAGCUUCAAGUUUUCUCAUCUAUAAAAUGAGGAGAAUAAUAGCACCUACCUCCCAGAGUUGUGAGGAUCAACUGAGAUACUUUUUGUGAAACAAAACCUUAAAGUGCUAUAUAAAUACUAGCUGCUAUUAUUGUUAUUUUUAUUAACGUUUGUCAUUUUGCCGCCUUAUUUUAUAUUUGCCUGUCGAGAAUCUCAUCCAUUUAUAGUAACUUAAGAUGUUACUUGCAGCAGUAAUGGCCAUACUUGGAUAAGAUAGCAGGUUAUUUUUGAAGUAUUGAUUGGUUUUUCUGUUGUUUUUCUCUUCCUGAAUCUAGGAAAGGGGAUUGGAUGAGAAGUCUAAUGACUUUUAUAGUUAUAAUAAGCUUGCUGCCUUCAGCCAAACAUAUAUAUGCAUUUGUGUAUACAAAUUUGUAUAUAUAUCUAUGUUAAAUAUGUGCAUUUAUACUUUAUUGAUGCCUUUGUUUUUUUAUAUUCUUUUCCCUAUAUACCUUCUAGUACAUUAAACCUUCCCUUAUAACAAGUAGAAGUAGCAUAAAACUGAUUUUUUUUUCUGAUGGCAAAGUCAGUAUUCAAAACCAACUUCCCUUCCACUUCUCUUCAGUAGGAAGGAAAGUUUUUUUUUCAGGCCAAAGAUUUGUCACUCUUUAGCUUAAUUUUUAGGGACAUUCAGCCUUAUGAUUCUUCAGAUGUAUUUUAUCUCAGGGAAUAUAGCAGAUGAUAGAAUGAUAGAAUUCAAAAUGGUGCCUCAGAAUAGAGUCUUUGGAUGUUAGCAGGUGGGUGGGUUCAUUAGGAGGCCAAAAGGUCCCUGACUAGUAAAAAGCCAUAAGGGCACGAACUGAGAAAGGGAUACAUUAGUGAAGCUUUGCUGACCAGGAUAACAGAAGUACUUGAUAUUGUGAAAUCUGGACCUAGUAUAUGCUUGAUUAAAUGUAUGUGUAUGCUAGAGAUAUGCUCAAAUUGGAAUACACCAAGGUGGAUUAUCCUGGACUUCUGAUGUUUUGGAGAGGGUGAGGGAAGACUCGUGUCCAUGAAUGUUAUGGGGAUGGAAGAAGAGUGAUGUGCUUUAUUGAAUAUAAAGUCUUUUUCUAGGAGAAAGGGAAUUUAUGUGUAUUUUAAUGUUAGAAGCUUGUUCCCCAGGGCACCUAAGUUAUAGCUAAAUGGGCUAAUAAAAUAUAUAUUUAAACUUUGGUUUCUUUCCCCAAUAAAGAAAUGAAUAAAUUUCUCAAAAGGAAUUAUAAAUUAUUAAUGGCCAUAUGAAAGGGUAAUCCAAACCAAAUCACUAAUAACAAGAAAGCUGCACAUCAAAACAAUUCUGAAGUUUUACUUCACAUUCAGCAAAUUGAUAAAGCUGACAAAAAAGGAAUAGUCAGUGUUGAAGGAGUUGGGGAAAGAGGUGAUAUUAAUGUAUUUCUUGUGGAUAUCAAUCAGUACAAUGAAUGUAUAAAGCAAUGUAGAAUUAUUGAGUUGUUAGGUCAGUAAUGCCCUAUCUAUCAAAAUAGAGUAGCAGUUUUUGUGGUAGUUAAAAGCUGAAAAGCAAAGUGGCUGCUCCUUGUUUAGGGAAUGGCUAAAUAGUGGUAUAUGAAUGGAAUGGAAUAUUUCUGUGCUUUUAGAAAUGAAUAUGGAGAAAUAUUGGAAAAUUUUAAGUGAACUGAUGCAAAGUGAAAUAAACGAGCCAUAAAAACACUCUCCACAAUGACUACAAUAUAAAUGUUAAGAUCACAAAAUAACUCAAGAAGAACAUUGCAAAGUAAGAUCAAGCUUGGUCCAAAGGAUAAGAAAGCGCCUCAUACACUCCUUUAGCAAAGAUGGGAGUCAUGUGGAUAUCACAGAGGUAUAUUUUUUGAUUGUUAAUUGGUUUUGCUGAGACGUUUUCCUAUUUUAAAAAAGAGAUUCUUUGUUAUAAGGGAUGGUCUUGAGAGGGGUUAUGGGGAGGGAUAAGGGGGGAAAUCUUAGCAAUGCAAAAACUAUAUCAAUAAAAGUAUUUAAAAUAAAAGAA